AUGACGCCAUCCUUCUGGGAAAACGAUAUCGAAUAUUCCUGUAUGGACGAUGAGAUCAAAAGUGAAGAAGGGUCAGGAGAAGAGGACAUUCGCAAAUGUAAUGGUCAAGAAGAAUACUAUCACAAUCAUUUUGUUAUUUCAUGCAUCACAAAUAAGUUCAUAGCAUGCUUGGAUAAAAAUGGUGACACUUUGAAAGAAGGGCUUUUUUUGUUGGAAAACAAACAGCUCAAGAACUGCCACAUCUACAAUAGUGGCAAAAGAGCUAGAAUUGAAAAUAAAGGUUGUUUUAAUGGAACAGAAUACGAUGAUAUUUCGGAUGAAUCAUUACACAUCAAGAAAUACGCAAUUUGGAGUGAAGGUAAUUAUGAUAUGCGCUGUGGUGACCUUGGAAUACACAUUUACAGAUGUUACUUAGGUAACGAUAAGAAAAUACACGCAGGAACAGCUUGGAUUGAUGGAACCGGUACGAUACAUGUUUGUGGAGAAUGA